GUCUACAGAGUGUAAAUCCUCUACACUAUGUCAUCUAACCAAUCAUUCAAAAGCCAACAUGAAGAGGCCUACGCCUCCCUGAUGAGAGGCCUGAAGGAGCUGGACCUACAGGGACCCUGUGUUCCCAGUGACCUGGUCCUGAUUGGAGACCAUGCCUUUCCUUUAGCAAUGAACAGCCGAGGUCAGGUGCUGAUUGCUGCCUCUCUGUACGGCAGUGGAAGGAUUGUGGUCCUGGGUCAUGAGGGCUACUUGACAGCCUUUCCUGCUCUAGUAGAAAAUGCUGUGACCUGGCUGAGAGGUGAUGGAUCUGAUAACCUCUCAGUAGGGGUGCAGAGAAAUGUCAGUGCUGUUGCUAAUAACCUCCAAAAACCCAGCUUCCAAGUAGAAGUUGUGGGAGCCUUCAGUGACAGACUGGAAGUUGGUGUUUAUGUGACCGAUGCCUACAGCCUGGGCUCAGACCCAACAGAGCUGGUGGCGUUUCUGAAAGCUGGAGGAGGGGUGCUGAUAGCUGGGCAGGCGUGGAGUUGGGCUGCAAAUCACCCCAAAGAGAACACACUGCAUCAGUUUGAUGGGAAUAAAGUGUCAGGAGUGGCAGGAAUCUACUUCACUGAGCGUUAUGGUGAGGCGGAGAACCUGCCUGUCUACCCUCAGAUCCCGUCCUCCUGGAAGUCGUUAACGACAGGAAAGGACUUCAAGGAUGACUUAGAGUUCUUACUCCAAGGGGUUUCAGAGUUCGACCUACCAUCUGAUUGUGUAUUUUCUGAGGUUCUAGUCCACGGACCGCUAGCAUUUCCCAUCGGAACUACAGAAGAUGGACGUCCAUUCCUGGCAGGAGCCUACUAUGGGCGAGGACGGGUCAUUGUGGUUACACAUGAAGCAUAUCUAGCAGUCGAGAGCAUGGCUCCAUUUUGGAGAAAUGCCAUUCACUGGUUGGAUGAAGGGCGCAGAGGGGUUGUUGGUGUCAUGGUGGAUCCUGCACUCAAGGUUCUCAGCAAGUCAGGGCUGAAGUGCGAGAAGACAAACUUCAGGAAAGACCUCAGUGUGUUUGUGUGUACAGCCUAUAUCACUGAGCAUUUGGAGGAAAUCCAAAACUUUGUGGCAGAGGGAGGAGGCCUGCUGAUUGGAGGACAUGCCUGGUGGUGGGCGCAGACACAUGCUGGGCAAAAUCCACUUACAGAUUUCUCAGGUAUCAAAAAAUGCACAACAAGGCUCCAGGAAAAGUUUGGCUGGGAUGCCUUUAAGAAGGUGUUUGCUGCGUACCACCACAUGAGCAACUUUCCUGAUGACAACGGCACAAAAAUGAACCUGUAUGCUGAGACUUUCUCCCAGACUGUGGGGAUGAACCUGACCGGCUUCUUCAAGGCCUGGGGCUGGCCCAUCAAAACAGCCACUGAGAGGAAACUGUCCCAGCUGCCUUAUUGGAAUGAUCACCCCAUGAUCCAGUACAGAUGA